AUGGCCGGAGGAGGAGUCUGUGCCGUCCUCGACUAUGAGGUCGAGCACAUGGCUGAGUUUGUCGCGGAAAUGGCGACCAGCGUCGUGACUCCCGGCUCCGCUGCUUCUUCUUCCUUCCGCAAGUUCAUCGCCGGUAUCCUAUCGUCGACGCGUCUGCCCAAGAGCACCAUCCUCUUGGGUAUGAACUACCUCGCCAAGCGCAUGAACAUGCCUGAGCAGAGCGUCUACCACAUCACUGAUGCUGACCUCUGGCGCAUGGCUACCGUCUCGCUCAUUCUCGCGAGCAAGUUCCUUGACGACAACACGUUCCAGAACCGCUCUUGGGCUGAGGUUAGUGGCAUCGCGGUCACCGAACUUAACGCCAUGGAGAAGAAGUGGCUCGUCGAGUCCAGCUUCGGGCUCUAUGUCAAUCUUGACUUCAGCCGGGAUUACAACGCGUGGCUCAAGAGCUGGGACGACUGGAAGGUCUUGAAAGAGCAGGCCGUCGCUCGUGCCAACCGGGAUAGGCUCGCAUCUCUGGUACCUGCCAUUGAUACCGAUCUCACACGAUACAGUGGGCGCAACUCAUACAACGCUUGGGUUCAGCAACAAGCCGCCGAGUAUGAGCGCUACCAGUCCAUCAAGCGUGGUGACAUGGCUCAGACUCAUUCUUAUCGCAUGGGCCCUGUUGACUGGUCAGUCAAUUCGUCCAGCAUGGGCUGGCCCUCCGCGCCUCUCACUCCCCCGGAUUCCGGCUACGGCACUCCUGAGUACAUGAACUCGGCUUCCUCAGCCAACGCGCGCUACAAUGAAUGGUUCUCUUCUGCUGCCGCCAAUGGGCAAUGGAAUGCACGCUACCAGCAGCAGCCUGUUGCGCACGCCUCCUACUACGGCCACCGCCACGCCACCUACCCCCAGCACUACGCCUUCAACCAGGGACAGGGCAUGUGGGAACAUGGCAUCGCGGAGUGUAGCUGCCCGAACUGUGUGGCUCCCGCCAAGCAGCACGGCUUUUUUGGCCAGCCUGUCAUGAGCUAG